CCAAUUUUCUGAAGGCAGCCCACCAAGGUAAGUAGCUUAAGCGUUUCUCAUUGCCUGUUUUAAAGACAUCUCCAUUUAAAGAUCAUCAUGAAGGUGCUGUUUGAACUUUUGGUCGUCUGCCUGCUUGGAUCACUGCAUGCAGGGGCAAACGCUCAGCCAGAAGAGAUGGGUCUCAGUGAAGAUGAGCAGCAGGUGGCGAGAAGAUACGCUGAGUCGACCAUUGCCAGCGAAAUCAGCAAAAUCAUGGAUUCAGUGAUGCAGAAAAACUUUGUUGAUUUCUUGCUCAACCAAAGGGAGAAAAAAAGCAAGCCGGCCACCGCAGAGGAAGAUCCAGAGGAACGCCUGUACGACGACCUGCUGAAGAAGCUCAGUCUGCAUGAGAAGCAGACGAGAAAGAUCUAGGCUCCAAUGCAGUGAUGCUGCUCAUGCCGGCGAUUCUUCUGAUGCCUCCUUCUGACAUUUUAAAAGUCUGGACGAUGAGUAGUGUGCGAUCUUGUGUUUAUAUUAAAUAUUUGUCCUGUUCCAAAGCCUCCACUUGUGUAACACAAAUCACCACACGACAAAAUAAAGUGACUUGAGACUGAAUAACAUGAGUGGUAUUGUAUUUUGUUUUGUCAGACUCGUGUAAUAGCAUAUAAAGGCUGAAAUACUGCAGAUCAGUGGUGGAAAGUUACUUUUACUCACUUACUUGAGUCGUCAGUCAUCCAAUUUAAUGCUAAUUUAAUGCUAAGUACCUUAUAAUGUAUAGUAGUUAAAACCUCGAGCAACUGCAACAGU